ACUCGAAGCUCCGAAAGCAUGCAGCAUGUGACGGGGAUGCUUGCCAACUUCUUUUCUACAACCUCAUUUAUUCUGUACGCCAGUGACCGGCCGGAUACCCACCGAUUUUUCGGAUUGACGCAUCCUUGAUUGCGGGGAUAUAGCGGAGCAGACACAAGGAAACCAGUUGCAAACCCCUUGCUCUUUGAUUUUACCCCCAUGCUUCCAUAGCUGGGGCGUGCAUCAGGAUGCGAGCCAUCAUUCUUCGGCAUGGUUGGUUAGCUGCAGCGCCCCAAUGGGUCGGCUAUAGGGAAGCGGACUGGGUAUGCUGCUGCCCGGCAACUGGCUGUUGCUGCGGUUGCUGCCGCUGCCACUACUACGAUGUCUGACCGCAACUUCGGCAUGAUGAAAGCCUACCGACUGGCGACAUAAGAGAAAUGCUGUCAACAUGACACAGGCAAGGUCAUUGACUCGAAUUUACAACCGGGGUCAUGAUCUCCAGCUCGUGUGUAGCGUGCCACACAAACUACCUCUCCAUCAUCGCCUCCGCUCCCGCGUCCUCGCAUCUUUGGGAGACGUGAGGUAUGUACCGUGGGGUCGCCGUCGUUGUCCAGUCAGAUCGUCGACGUCGGCGCAGGAGUAUGUGGUGAUGACGAGGUCCGCGGUUGCGUCGUACGAGAUCGCUUUUUGGCUCCAGUACGACGUGAAACGACGAUACUGCGGACGUCCAUCCAGAAUUCACGAUCGCACAACCCUCAGCAACCUCGUCCCACGCCUCUCUUUCUCGCGAUCCAGUCCUCUGCCACCCCAGGGGCACCGAUGGAUGCGGCGUAUGAACUACCGACAUCGGCGGCACGGGAUGCCCGUUACACCCGCACCCUCUAGGCCUGCUCAACAACCAUGCGCGGCACGCCGCCCAAGUGAUCCCUUGAACGCGCGUUUCGUGCAGCUCAGCAGUAGCACUUGGCGAUGGUCGAUUGUGGGGGGCAUCGCCAGUGUGCUGUUGCGCGACUCUGCGGCGAGUCGGCAAGGUGGAGCAUUCUUGUCCUGGAUUUUUGCCUGCAUGCGUCUUGCAUUAGCGACGCAUACGCACGAACCGACGGCAGGGAAAAACUACGGUGAGUGAAAAAGCCCGUCGAAGAGGUAGGAUAUUUGAUAGUUUUUACUUUUUAGUUCGGUCGGCAUUCUUUCGGGACCGGUUUGUUUUUGCUUUUUCCCGUUUGUGACCAGACAAGAAAACCCCCGUUGGAUGAGGUGAAGGUUGCAUCCAUUUUUGCUUGGUGCUGACUACCGGCCCCAGAAACAUGAAGAGCAGCACCGGAAA